AUGAACAGUACGACAGAAGCGACCUUUGACUGCGACGAUGGGUCGUUAUUGGAUAGGUUUGAGGUGCGGAUGGUGGUCAUGUUCGUAUAUAUCAUGGUAUUCUUGUUAUGUUUAGUUGGUAAGGCAAUCAUUUUAUGAAAAACGUACUUUUACUUUGUUCUUUCCUGUUUUACCCUUUACUCUGCCCUGCCUUGAAGUGUGCUGUAUUGGCUUGCUCUGCCGUGCCAUGCCUUGCCCUACCCUAUUUUGUCAUUACUUUGCUCUUCCCAAACGUUUAAUAUAUAAACUGUAUUUUAAUAAGUAUAUUUUAGGUAACUUAUUCACGAUCAUAGUAAUAUGUGUCCACCGUUCCAUGAGAACGGCGACCAACUUCUUCCUCGGUAACCUAGCCUUUGCCGACCUUCUAGUAGCAGUCUUCUGUAUUCUCCAAAACAUGUUCCACAUCGUCGGCUCGAACAGUGGACAUUGGCCAUUAGGCGCUGUCGUAUGUAAACUAUAUGUCUUGAUGUUACACAUGGUACCAUGUACGGGUAUAGGCAUACUUGUAUGUGUAUCGUUGGAGAAAUACAUAGCCGUACUGCAUCCGUUAUUGGCGCUGAAACUUCUGACUCCACGGCUACGGGCUUUCAUGAUGACUAGUAUUUGGAUAGGGUCGUUGGUCAUCAACCUACCCUACUACUUUACUACGGUCGAACGAAGGUACCAUCAGUUUGCGGCUUGUACCAGGGAUAUGUCAUCGUUAUAUGGGUAAGAAAUUUGGAUUAUGUUACUGUAACUUCUUUUAUCAAAACAUAACUAUUUUGACUAUAACUGCCUUUGACUAUAAACUUUCAAAAGACCAUGGUUUACUAUUAUACAAUAUUCAAUUACAGGCCCUUCAGCUUCACCAUCAAAGAUAUGAUAACGUUGAGUUUCGUAACAUGGUACAUAAUCCCCCUUACCACCAUCGCCAUCCUAUAUAGCCGUAUUGGGCUGGUUUUAUGGCGCAGUAGUAUGAAACCACUAUCAGUGCGACCAUCAACAACAAGUCCAUCAGCUCACGAAGCUAUGACUACAAUGACAUUCCCAGAGAAUGGCAACGGAGAUGUGGAUUCGAUGGCUGACAGUAAUCGAUCUGUCGAUGAAACGCCUACUGUAGUCAAAGGGGAUGUUCUUGAGAGUAGGAAAAAGGUGGGUUUCGUCGAUAAUAUUGUUGUGUGUUUAAACAAAAUGUCAUAACAUUAAUUUACAUGGCUUUUUAACUAUGUUUUAGACUUUAACACAUAUUUAUCCUUGAAAAGCCUAACUUAUAUGCCUAAACGAUUAUUUCCAGAUAAUCCGCCUCUUGAUAGCCAUCGUCACCUCUUUCGCUGUCCUCACUCUUCCUCACCAUGCUCGUCUACUUCACGUCAUGUGGUCGACAGAACAUUCGUGUAACAGUAAAUGGACCUCUCUACUUCAACCCUUCACCUACAUCACAUUGUUCAUGUCCAGCUCUAUCAAUCCCAUAUUAUACGCAUUCAUGUCGCAGAGGUUCAGAGCUGCCGUCAAAGACAUUAUGAAGUGCAGAAGUCGAGGAUACCUUCGGAAAUACACUAGGACAAGGACAAUAUUGUCUGACAUACCUGAACAUCCAUCGAGGUCACCAAGCUUGAGCCAUAAUAAUGUGAGGACGACUUGUAUGUAA